CUCGCGGGCAACCUACUUGUUUUGGGGCCUAGUUGCCACAAACCUGUCAGUGCUAAAGGAAGUUAGCUAGCUCGAGCGACCGAUUUUUAGCUUUUAAUUGCUUCUGCUCACAAAAAGGACCAGACCUUUGUGAUUUUUGAGGUGGAUAUUCGGGAUACAACAACAGUGGCCAUGGCUAUGAUUAUGACUGUGGAUCAGUUGGAGACAAAAACAUUGUUACUUCAGGAGUCCUUGAAGACAGAAGAAAACCUGUUGGAUUAUGAAUGUGAGGAGUCCUUGAAGACAGAAGAAAACCUGUUGGAUUAUGAAUGUGAGGAUGAAAAACAUAUUUUUGAGUCUCCAAAUGACUCAGUUUGCUGUGUAAAUGAAACUGCCAGAAAGAGGAAACUAUGCCAAAACGGCUUGGACUGUCCCAGACCAUUUAAAAAGCCAGUGGUAGUGUUGACUAGACUUCCUGAAUAUAAGAAACCUGCAAGAAUUAACAAAUGCAGUGAGAGCGACAGAACACCACCACCCACUUCACCUCCGAGCACCAGCACCAAUGCGGCAGAUGUGGCUCCUGUUAUAAUAUCAUCAGUGUUUGGCCAUUCCUCCAAGGAAAUAAUAACUGCCCGACCUGAGGCACAGAAGGAUGAACUCAAAUUGAACAUGGUAGUUCUGGCUAGGAGAAGACCUAUGAGGUGGCAACAGGGGAAAAUAGUCGAGAUAGUUACAAGGGAAGACGGACGGUUAAAAUACAAAGUCAGUUUUGAAGAAAAAGGGAAGAGUCUAGUAUCUGGACACCACGUUGCUUUUGACACCACAGCAAAGGUGGAGCAGCUGUAUGUUGGUGCCCGUGUGGUGAUUCAGUGUCAAGAUAACAAGUACCGGUUCCAGCCUGGUGUCGUAGGCGAGCUCCGCAGCAGAAAGAACCGCCUAAGGUUCUUGAUCUUUUUGGAUGAUCACACGCCGGUCUAUGUUGGGUUACCUUUAAUUCAUUUGGUUUGGAAACCUUUGGAAAACAUUGCAGAUGACAUUCCAGAGGGCCCUCACAAAGACUUCAUAGAACAUUACCUGAAUAAGUGGCCGUACCCUCAGUUAACCCAGUACAGGCUUGGACAGACCCUUAAUGCUGAAUUGAACAGAGUCCUGCAAAAGUGUGAAGUGCAGAUUAUUGACUGCAGCUUAAUGCAGGUUAUCUUUCAGGAGAGUGAACAUAAGGAGUGGAUAUACCGAGGUUCAUCACGACUGGCGCACAUGGCAAAGUUUUUGGAGAUGAAACACAGAGAACAGCUUGAGUGCGACUCUGACUGAACGUCCCCUGAUGCAUGAGCUGCAAAAAUUGAAACUAUUUUACAAUCGG